AUGACUGCCCAGACUCGCGCAGUGAUGAAGCUCGACUGGAGCAAAGUCGGCUCCCAACUCGGCCUCCGCGGCAGCACGGCGACCGCACUUGCCAACUUCAAGAAACGAAACGACGACGCCCGCCGCCGCGUGCAAGUCCUCUCUGAACAGCCUACGACCAUCGACUUCGGGCAUUACCGCUCGAUCCUGAAGAACACGGCAGUUAUCGACGAGAUCGAGCAGUACUUUAAGACGUUCCAGCCCAAGACGUACGAUGUCAACAAGCAAAUCAAAGCCAUCGAGAGCUUCGAGCAGGUCGCGAUCAAGAAUGCAGAGGAAACGAAAUCCAAGGUCGAGGUGGAAUUGAGGAGCUUGGAAAAGGCCUUGAAUGAUAUCGAGGGUGCGAGACCUUGGGAUGAGACAACUGUGGAUGAAAUUGCUGCUGCGGCUCCAGAGAUCGAUGAGUCCACGGCAAAUUUGGUCAAGAAGGGACGAUGGAUGCCUCCCGGCUACUUGGUAUGA